GGACAUAGUACAGGAGAUGACCAGAGACUGCGGACACAGUACAGGAGAUGACCAGAGACUGCGGACACAGUACAGGAGAUGACCAGAGACUGCGGACACAGUACAGGAGAUGACCAGAGACUGCGGACACAGUACAGGAGAUGACCAGAGACUGCGGACAUAGUACAGGAGAUGACCAGAGACUGCGGACAUAGUACAGGAGAUGACCAGAGACUGCGGACAGUACAGGAGAUGACCAGAGACUGCGGACAUAGUACAGGAGAUGACCAGAGACUGCGGACAGUACAGGAGAUGACCAGAGACUGCGGACACAGUACAGGAGAUGACCAGAGACUGCGGACAUAGUACAGGAGAUGACCAGAGACUGCGGACACAGUACAGG